CUAGCGAUGGCCUCCAACCUACUAGCUCAGUCAGCAAUGUCGCCUUCAAUCCUGGGAGCUACUUGUGCUGGGCUUGGAUGAGCUGCUCAUGCACUGGAUCUUCCUGCUGGGUGGCUUUGCAUCCAUCAUUGCCAGUGAGGUUUGCGUGGUGCCGCAUCCCAGCAAUGAGAACUGGACCUUGGAUGGAGCAGAACUUCAGUACAAGCUCCAGCGCUUCUUUACCAAGUCUGGCCCACCUCCUUUGGAGGAGAUCUUCAUCUCCACGCAGAACUUGACGUCGGACGUCCAAGAGAAACUCAUGAUGGAGUGCCCCGGCUUGCUGAUCAGCGCGUUCCUGGUGCUCGCCGAGACGCAGCUGCCGAUUGCGCCCCAACGCUCCAGCGAGGCCUUGGCCAAGGCCGACACGUUGGCGGAAGGCCUCAGCGAACAGCAAUACUUGGACCAGUCACAGAUUUGGCCUCUCCAGGCCGCGUUCCAGAGCUACCACCGCGCGCUGGCCGAAGUCACUGAAGCAAAAGCGCAAUGGCAAAAGCCCAUGGAGGUCCACCUGGUGGUGUGCCACUGCCGGGAAUCCUUGGACUGGCUCGAAGGCCCCCGCUUCUACAUGCCCCGCGCCAGCCGUGUAGCCGUUGAUGUCUUCGUCUAUGAGAAGUGUCGCUUCGACACCGACGUCUCCGGCUUCUCGAAGACCUUCCGCUCGGUGCACCAGUUCGACGUGGACGACCAGGGCAUGCGCCGUGAUGAAUGCUCGGGCUACUUGCGGCACUUGAUCCACCAUUAUGAGGAGCCUGCAGACUACACCCUUUUCUUUCAGGCGGAUGCUGCUGAUCACAUGCACUGGGGUUACUUGUCGCUGGUGACCAAGUCGAUGGAUCAACACAGCUUGACGUCGCCCUUCGUCCACUUGAACUAUCCUCGCCUCAUCACUUCUUUGUCUCCCUGCCGUGCGGAUGUCUUCCAGCAACUCUUCGAUCGACCGCCCGCCAGGACGCUGGGCUCCUACUGCUGCGCGCAGUUCGCGGUCUCGAAGUCCAGGAUCCGCCAGAACCCUUUGGAGAGGUGCGUUGAGGACGUGCAAACAACCACGGUUGGAUGGAUUUGUCCGCGCGGAUGGAGGGGAGGGAGGGUUCUUAGAAGCAUGGAAUGUGGUUUUUUCAUUAGUUUAUCAUAGUUUAUCCCUUUAUGGAGGAUAUAGUCAUAGUAUAAUUAGUUUUCUUGCUUUGUCACUGGCUCUGCAGAUUUUGUGAGGGCAAAACGCCUGUCGGGUGACACGCCCGGCAGGCCCGUGGGAAUCCUCAAAGGCUUCGCCAACGAUUCAUGGCUUCAUCCAAAAAUGGGGUUCGGAUGUCCGUGCUUCACCAUGUAAAAAUAAACAAAAAGACGUGUAACGAGUUACCAAGGGUAGCUAUGCCUAUUGAUCACCACGUUGCCACUCUUAGUGCCAAGUGGUGCUGCCAAAUGAUCCGAGAUCACUUGGGAUCUACGAGAUCCACCCGUUGGAACUCCUGGUGUGAAGUUUUUCGUUAAGAAUGUGGGUUGCGGUGGGUUGAGAGAAGAUGG